UUUCUCCUUCCUCCUGCUCCCUCUCUCGCCUAACAUCAGCCCAUCAGUCACCUUCUUUCUCCUCCUCCUCCUCUCCCUUUUUCCUCCCCACUCUCCACACAGACAGUGUGCUGCCAGUCUGUGAGCUGGAGAGACACUCAGACGACGCACAAGAGAGAAGUCUUCAAAAACAAACUUUGCAGAACCAUCUUGCAUUUUCCCCGACCGUGGAUGAAAGAGGACUGCUCCUUGUUCUUUUCCUACAUCCUCCAAGAGUUUUCUUUGUAUGUUUUCCACAGAAAGCAGCAAUGCUUCCAUUCUACCUCCUAACUUUUGCUGUCACCAUCCAAGCCCACAGCCAGGUGUUGCCAGGAUCUUGCAACUUUGAGUCCAACACCUGCGGAUACACGUCAGAUGCAGACUUUAUGAGCUGGACCCUGCAAAAAGAUGGCCGUUUUGUCACAGUGGAAGCAGCCGUGAAUGAGGAUCAGGAGGACUACAUAGGCAGUGGUGCUGACCCACAGCGAGAGAUCAUAGGGGUGCUGCUGAGUCCCCGUUUGGAUCACGGUGAGUGGAGCUGCCUGAGGCUUGUCUAUCAGAUCACAGAGUCAGGAAGCCUGGAGGUCCUGCAGCGCACCGAGGGGAACAGCUUUGACAGGCCGCUGUGGAGCAGCCGGUUGCCCUCCGACAGCUGGGUGGUCUCAAGCAUGGACCUGCGGAACAAUACAGAACCUUACAGGGUCGUCAUCGAAGGUAAACCUGGGUCGAGCAAAGGGAGCAGCGUGGCCAUCUUUGAGAUCCACAUCAGCCCCGGAUACUGCCUGGAAUGUGAUUUUGAGGAGUCUCACCUGUGUGGAUACAAUAACCAGUGGAAUGCCAACGUAAACUGGUAUGUGGGAGGAGGCGAGGUCCAGGUUGUCCACAAUGAUAUGCCAAAUGAUCACACAUACAACAACAGGUCAGGUCACUUCAUGUACGUCGACUCCAUCUACGCCAAGACCUUCAAAGAAGUGGCCAAACUGGUGUCUCCAAUGACGCAGGUGCCGAUGUCCGGCUGUCUGAGUUUUCAGUACCAGCGCAGUGAGAUGGGAAACCUCUUCUCUGUUUUCACCCGGGACCAGCUGGGUCAGUACCAGGAGUUGUGGAGGGCAGGGUUGGAGAAUCAAAACGACUGGACAGAGAUUCCUGGAGAGUGGAUAUCUGUGCAGGUGGACCUGAAGGCACCGUACUCGGUACAGGUGGUCUUUGAAGUGGCGUUUAACAGUCCACGUGGCGGACGUGUUGCACUUGAUGACAUUUCCUUUUCUUCACAGUUCUGCACCACAGACACUGAGCCAACUUUUGAUCCCUCUAUCGCCAACUGUGAUUUUGAGUCUGGUUUCUGCCUCUACACCCAGGAGCAGGCAGAGGAGUCACCAUGGAGAAGAGUCUCUGUGAAGCCCAACAUAUUCAGGAAUGGAGACCACACCACAGGAGCAGGAUCUUUCCUGUUGGCUCAUGCCCGACUGGGCCCACGCUUCGGCUACGUUAGCCGUCUCAUCGGUCCAACUCUGGCCGGGAACAUGAAGUACUGUCUGACAUUUUACUUCUCUUUGAGGGGUUUCAAUCAGACGGACCAGGCCCUGGCUGUUUAUCUGCUGCAGGCGAACGGCAGCCAGGAGAAGAUCUGGACUCAGGCAGAGAGGUCGAGGGGAAUCUGGAUCGCAGCGGAUGCCACCUUCCAGACGUCACAACCUGCCAAGGUAGUCUUCGUGAGCACCUGCAGGAGUUUCUGGGACUGUGGCUCUGUGGCUUUGGAUGACAUCAGCAUGAGCCUUGGAGAGUGCGAGCUGGUGGCAGGCCUGCUGUCGUCUCUUCUCCCUGGACGCUGUGAUUUUGAAGCAGGGAUGUGUGGUUACACUCAGGACAAGAAGAGCGACGCUGCUGACUGGGAGAGGAGGAGGGGGCCCACACCGACCUCAUACACCGGACCCAGAGGGGACCACACGACGGGACCUGGAUACUACCUCCACCUGGAGGCGUCGCCGAUGCUGCCCGGCCAGAACGCCCGGCUGCUGUCCCGCCCCGUGAGAGGAACCAGGGGACGGCACUGUAUUAGCUUUUUCUACCACAUGUAUGGGUCGGGCACAGGCCAGCUUAACGUUCACAUCAACAAAUAUGGAAAGGAAGAGCUGCUGUGGCAGAGGAGUGGCGAGCAGAGCAUCGCGUGGCUGAAGGCCCAAGUCGAGUACGAGUGUCACAGCCAGCAUCAGAUUGUGUUCGAAGCGAUCAGGGGUUCUUCAAUAAGAAGUGACAUUGCCAUAGAUGAUGUUGUCUUGGAAGGUGGACCUUGCCCAGAAAUGGUGAUCAGCGCCCAUGUGGGAACCUCCAAUGAGAUCGAGUAAAGGGUUCAAGGAGUGAAAACAGCGUAUAAUGCUUACCCCCCUCCCCUUCCUGUUUUUUGCACAUUACA